UUUCCUGGAGGUCUAGCUUAUUUGAGUUUUCCUCCUAGCUCCUAGCACUCCCUUGAGUGAAUAUGAAUUGGGAUUACGGGGAUAUUUUAAAAGUCUGUUCUCUUCCAUUUUCCUGCCUCCCCCCGUCCUUUGGAAAGUUGGGUAGUACAUUUCCUGCUGCUCCUGAGGUGGAGCUGAUCUUGUUGCUCGAGGUGGGGUGACCCUCCAGAGCCGCCGGCACCCAGAGGGGUCCAAAAAGAACCGGGCCCUGACGUGCACCCAGUCCAAGGUCGAGAGGAAGGGCCUUGGCCUCAGAGAGGAUGUUGGAUCUCUGGGUUUGCUAAUUCCACUUUUACUUCCCAGGGUGACGCUCCCCAGCCCCCCAGCCCCCUCCCCGGCAUCAUGCAUCGGACCACACGGAUCAAAAUCACGGAGCUGAACCCUCACCUCAUGUGCGCCCUCUGUGGGGGGUACUUCAUCGAUGCCACUACCAUCGUGGAGUGCUUGCAUUCCUUCUGCAAAACCUGCAUCGUGCGCUACCUGGAGACCAACAAGUACUGCCCCAUGUGUGACGUGCAGGUGCACAAAACCCGGCCGCUGCUGAGCAUCAGAGCUGACAAGACCCUCCAAGACAUAGUCUACAAAUUGGUCCCUGGGCUUUUUAAAGAUGAGAUGAAACGGCGGCGAGAUUUCUAUGCAGCGUACCCGCUGACGGAAGUCCCCAACGGCUCCAAUGAGGACCGCGGUGAGGUGCUGGAGCAGGAGAAGGGGGCUCUGAGUGAUGAUGAGAUUGUCAGCCUCUCUAUCGAGUUCUACGAAACCGUCAGGGACCGGGAGGAGAAGAAGGGCCCCUUGGAGAAUGGAGAUGGGGACAAGGAGAAGACAGGGGUGCGCUUCCUGCGGUGUCCAGCAGCCAUGACCGUCAUGCAUCUCGCCAAGUUUCUCCGCAACAAGAUGGAUGUGCCCAGCAAGUACAAGGUGGAGGUUCUGUACGAGGACGAGCCGCUGAAGGAAUACUACACCCUCAUGGACAUCGCCUACAUCUACCCCUGGCGGCGGAACGGCCCUCUCCCCCUCAAGUACCGGGUCCAGCCAGCCUGCAAGCGGCUCACCUUGCCUACAGCACCCACCCCCUCCGAGGGCACCAACACCAGUGGGGCAUCAGAGUGUGAGUCAGUCAGCGACAAGGCUCCCAGCCCUGCCACCCUGCCGGCCACCUCCUCCUCCCUGCCCAGCCCAGCCACCCCCUCCCAUGGCUCUCCCAGCUCCCAUGGGCCCCCAGCCACCCAUCCUACCUCCCCCACUCCCCCUUCAGCAGCCAGUGGGGUCAGCACAGCUACCAACGGGGGCGCCUCGAACUGCCUGCAGACACCAUCCUCCACCAGCAGGGGGCGCAAGAUGACUGUCAAUGGAGCUCCUGUGCCCCCCUUAACUUGAGGAAAGGGACCUUUCCCUCCUUUUCCAGCCAUGGCUCUCCACCCCUCCACUUUUUCUGGGCUCCUGUUUCCACCUCUUCUACUUUCCCCAGCUCCUCCCACCUUAGGGGUGGGGGGUGGGUUUUAUAAAUAAAUCUCUCUCUAUAUAUAUAUGUACAUAGGAAAAACCAAAUAUACAUACUUAUUUUCUAUGGA